UCCAACAUAAUCGUCUGUAAAAGGUCUCUUCUGCUUGUUCAAUUUGUUGAGGAAAAAUACGCUGCUUGCAGUUCUUUGACGGUAAAAAAGGUUUCAAUUUGUUUAGGAAGAAUUUUCCGAUCAUGGCAGGCGAAGAUUUGACUCAGCGCGAGCUACAACAGCCAUUGUUGACUAAGGAGGAGGAAGAGAGGUUGAAGCAUCUGGAGUUCGUGCAAGUGGCUGCACUGCACACGGUUAUGUACUUCUCUAACCUCUACGGUUUGGCCAAGGAGAAGUCUGGUCCUUUGAAGCUCGGUGUUGAGACCGUCGAGGGCACGGUCAAAAGUUUUGUCGGACCCGUUUAUGAAAAAUACCACGAUGUUCCAAUUGAGGUCCUCAAGUACGUUGAUUGUAAGGUGGGUGAAUCAGUAACUGAAUUGGACAGUCGUGUGCCCCCAGUCAUCAAGCAAGUCUCAACUCAAGCCUUCUCAGCAGCUCAAAGGGCUCCUACACUAGCUCGCAAUGUAGCUUCUGAGGUCCAGCGUACCAGUGUGAAAGACACAGCCACUGAACUAGCAAAAACAGUGUACACAAAAUAUGAGCCCGCUGCCAAGGAGUUCUACAUCAAGUAUGAGCCUAAGGCUGAGCAGUGUGCCGUGUCUGCCUGGCACAAGCUGAAUCAGCUCCCGCUCUUCCCUCGGGUGGCUCAGGUUGUUUUACCUACGGCAGCAUAUUGUACUGAUAAGUAUAACCAAACUGUGGUUAGCGCUGCCGAGAAAGGAUACAGAGUUUCUUCAUAUCUACCUUUGGUGCCUACUGAGAAGAUUGCCAGGGUGUUCAGUGAGAAAGAGGCUGAACCAGAGCCUUUGGUCUCCAACUGAGGCUGCUUAAGUGCAUUUGUUGGUUCUUUUGGUGUAAAAUGUCUACUUUUUUUGUUUCUAAGGUAAAUAAGGACAAUCCAUGAUGUUUUAAUACUACAUGGGUGUCUUGUGGUGUAAUGGUAUUUUUUUUCUUUAUUUAUUUUUUUUGUGUGAAAUGUAAUUUUCGUAUUUAUAUUUUUAUGGUUGUUGAACAUCUAUUCUGUAUUUCUGCGACCAGAUAUUCCUCUCUCGCCUAUUUUGUUUCCUAUUGAUAAAUGACAUUUCGGAGUUUUGUCU